AUGGACGCAUCCGACACGCCAGACGGUUCGCGCCCUCGCCCUGCUGCUUCAUCCUCGCCCUCGCCAUCGCCCUCCUACACACGGGCUGCCCUCCGUCUUAUCGUCAGCGCCCAGGAGUACCGCCUGAUCCACGACCGGCUGCUUUCGCGAGCCCCGUCGAGUGUUCUGGACCAUGUCCCCUCGCCUGCUCGCUUCGGUGCCCUCGUGCAUGCGAAGAGUAAAGAUAAACCGCUCGAGGCCGCGUUGCGGGUCUCGCUGCGCGUCUUUGCGUUGUCCAGCGCUGCGCUGAGACUGGUCGACCUCGUCAAAAAACCAUCCAAGUCGAAUCGGGCAACGAAUGCCAGACUCUCGCUAUCCCUCUCGCUUGUCUUGUUCCUGCACCGGCUGCUGUACCGCUUCCUUGUCAAGCUCCGCGCCAACCUCCGCGCUGACGAGGCCCGCCCCUUUCGCGAGCGAAACCCUCGCGUCACCAGGGCGCUGACGGCACGCUCAGCGCCCGCCGUGGGCGCCAGUCUCGCCGGGCUGGCGCUGGUGCUGUGUCCGCAGCGUGACCUGCGUCGCACACUCGCCAUCUACACCGGGUCGCGGGCGGCCGAGUUCUUCUACAACGUGGCUGACGAGCAGGGCUGGCUCGGAACUCGACCGCAGUGGGUGGGCAGCUGGCUGUUGAUGCCACUCGCGUGUGCACAGCUUUUCCACGCGCUGGUGUUUGACCGCGAGACUACGCCCAAAUGGCUCCCCGCUCUCACCUUGAGACUGUCGCCGAGCUAUAUUCAUCCUCGCCCGGAGGGAUAUCCGGUAGAGCUCCCCUGGCCGGACCAGGAGGGUGUCCUUGAUUCUCUCGCCACAAUUGCAGAAUUGAAGUGGCCGGACUUUGUCUCGCCGAUUCUGCAUCCUUCAACCACGCAAACCCUCCCUGCCGCCGUGCAGUCCAUCUCGCCACUUACGGGGUCCGCCCACCCUUCUCUCGCCAGUCUGUCGUGCGCCCUGCUACACCCAGCCCUACCCAGCUGCAGCACUGCCUUCCUGCACCACCUGCUCCUGACGGGACCACGGCUUGUGCGCCUCCUGGCCGUCGCCGCCGCGCUUGUUACCGUCCCGCGCGUGCUGAUCAAAUCCCUCGCCCUACCAUUCCCAACCAGUGUUCCCAAGCUUGCACAGCGCGUCCUCGCCUUCGCAGCCACUCUCUCCACAACCACCGGGCUCGCCUGGGCCAGUCUCUGUCUGUGGACAUCCCUGCUGCCCCGGUCGUCGCUUGCCACAAAACGCUUCUUCCUCAGCGGCGCCCUGGCGGGCCUCCCGCUCGGCCUCUUCUUCCGCGGAUCCUCCUACUGCCGCGGAAUGGCCAUGUAUCUUGUCCGCGCCGCGUUGGAUUCCGCAUGGCGCGUCCGAGACAAGCACCACCACAACAAACAGCUCCAGAGUCCCUCGCGCGCCUCGUCCCGCACACGCGGACUCCCGGGUGAUGUCGCCCUGGUCGUGGCCGCGUGGGCGGUCAUCGGCGUGAUUCUCGACACGUACCCGGCUGCCGUUCGGGGGAGUAGCCUUCGCAAAGCCUUGGUGUGGAUGCGUGGUGACGGAUUCAAGGAUCCUGUCAAGGACAAGAAGGAUAAAAGGGAUAAGAAGAAGGCACUGGGUAGCAACUAG